AUGCAUUGUGACUACGAAUUGGCUCUAAACAUUUUCAGUACGAACAUACUUGGAAUAGUUGAGAUCACUAGAGUCUUUAUGCCGCUCUUGAUAGAAGCUAGCCCUAGAAGUAGGAUUGUAUUCUCAAGCAGUCUUGCUAGGUAUAUGCCAAUCCCAACCCAGUCACUUUACAAUGCAUCAAAAGCCGCUUUACACUCGUAUAUAUCGACCCUAGAGCUCGAACUUAAGCCUUUUAGAAUGUUUGUUAUCAAUGUGGCUUCAGGUACAGUUAGUACCGUCAUGUUGAUUAAGAAUCAAAUGGAAAAAUUACCAGCAGACUCUCCAUAUAAAUUAAUCGAAUCCGAUCUUAACGAAGCUUGGGUCAAAAUUGGAGAAGGAAUACCGGUCGAAGUAUAUACCAAGCCUGUGGUUGAGAAGCUCCUUCAAAAGAAGCCACCUCAGCGUUUCUUUGCUAGCGCCGGCGCAACACUAGGAUGGGCAAUUGAUAAAUUGAAUGCGGGUUGGAUUUAUAAAGCGUUCUUUUGGAAAAUCUUUGCUUUGGGUAAACUUUCUCAAGCGCAACAUUAGGAUGGAUUUAUCCCUAGACUUUCUAGUCCCCAGAGACACUGGUCUAAACAAAAUUGUUAUGGAAAUAAUGGGAUUGUGACAAUUUCCAUGUAUCGCUCGAACACUCUUCUACUUUAUCGUUUUUACAUGAAGAAUCUCAACGAUACUUACUUCCAUUUAUUUAUUUAUGCAAAGUUUUGCAUUCACUAUAUUGUUUGCUAGACUCCCGCGAGCAU